AUGAAAAAUAAAAGACAGGCAGAACAUAUAUCUGAUGAUUCUGGACUAACUUUCUUCGAAGCAUUCUAAAAAGCUAUUUCCAAAUUCGAAGUUGACAACUAAAAAUCUUAUCCCAAGCAAGAUAGUGAUCGAUUCACUCUAUAUGAAGAUUUGAAGUUAAUCCUAGAACUAUCUAAGGUCAAUUAGAUUGAACCUUAACAUUUUGAUAGAAUUGCAGCUUUGCUUAAAAGAUCAAAAGCAACCUUAAGAAGAAGGUAAUUAAUUAAUUAAACAUAGAUAUCAAGAGUACUUGAAAAAUAUUAAUCAAGAUGACUUGUAAAUUAUAUUUUCAUAUCUCUAACACUAUGGUGCUUAUGGAUAUUUAGUUUUUGCUAUUGAAGAUGGAUAAUAGAAACUAUAAGAUAUAGAGCCAAUAAAAUAAUAUGAGACUCCAAAUAAGACCCCAAUUCAAACCCCAAUUAAAUAAAUAACCAAAUAAGCCACACAGAUACCUGUAGUAAAUGCAUAAUAAAAUUCAUAACAAUAAUAGCCAUAAUAAUAAUAACCAUAACCAUAACAAUAAUUGAUUGAACCAGAAUCAUAAAAAAAAGUAAAACCUAAUAAUAAAUUUUAAUUGUCUGCGAAGUAAAUUUAAUAUUUAUAAUUUAGUUCAAAAUAUGAUGUUUCUAACAAAAAGAUCAAUGCCUUUAAGUAAGAAGCAGUUGUAUUAGAUGUAGAAUAGAAACAUGAAUGUGAAGAACUUAAAUUUACAUUAAAAACCUUAUCUGAAACUUUAAAAAUUUCAUAUUAGGAAUUAUGUCAAAGAAUGUAUUAAUGUUCAGGAGAUUUAAAUACACUUUUGGAUGUAUAUCUAAAUCAUUAAGAAAAUUUAUUAUGGACAAAGGAAGCUGAUGAAGCAUUGAAAGCUUAUUUAGUAGAAGAAAACUAAUUUGAGAAACAAAAAUUAAGGGCAAUACUUCAUGGAGAAGAAUAAAUAUAGAAAAGAAAGGAAUGGUUGUAUGGAAAAUGAA